CCCAAGAAAAAAAAAAGAAAAAAAGCUUUCUCUGGUUUUUUUUUGUCUUGAUUGGUCAAUUUACACAUCUCCCUUUCCUUCUCUUCUCUCUCACAUCGCUUGCUUCAUCUCUUUGGUCUCCUUCUUGCGUUUUCUUUCUAUUAACUACUUGAGAGACACCAAACAAGAGAAGAGAGACCUUUUUCACUAAGCAUUAGCCAAAAAACAAAAAAAAAAGAGAGUUUUUUUUCAGAUAUGGGUUAGUCUCCAAUUUUGCAUUAAACCUCUUCUUCUUCUUUCUUUCUUUCCCUCUUAGGAUUGUUUAGAGCUCAAUCCUUCUCUGUUUUUUAUUAGGGUUAGGGUUUUUUUUCUUAAAGGUGAGGUUUGUGAGCAAGUAUGCGGGAGUUACAUCCUUUUUGAGUUACUCUGGAUUCCUCACCCUCUAACCGUCGCCGCCGCCGCCGCCUCGACGAAGAAGAAGAAGACUCUGAGCUUCCUCAAUAUGCUCAAUCAAUGUCAGACGAAUUCCUCCACCCGCCAGCACCGCGUCCUCCUCCUUCUUCUUCAAUGAGACACCGCGCUACGUCGGAUUCCGCCGACGGCGGAUGCGGCGAGAUUGUUGAGGUUCAAGGUGGUCACAUUGUUCGGUCCACUGGAAGAAAAGAUCGGCACAGCAAAGUCUGCACGGCCAAAGGACCACGUGACCGGCGCGUGAGGCUCUCUGCUCACACGGCGAUUCAGUUCUACGAUGUUCAAGACAGGCUUGGCUUCGACCGUCCUAGCAAAGCCGUUGAUUGGCUUAUCAAAAAGGCUAAGACUUCCAUCGACGAGCUCGCUGAGCUUCCUCCGUGGAAUCCCGCCGAUGCUAUUCGCCUCGCCGCUGCCAACGCUAAACCCAGACGAACCACCGCCAAAACCCAAAUCUCGCCGUCUCCUCCGCCGCAGCAACAGCAACAGCAACAGCUUCAGUUCGGUGUUGUUGGAUUCGACGGAGGAGGAGGAACAGAGCAUCCGAGUAACAACGAGUCGAGUUUUCUCCCGCCGUCUAUGGAUUCAGAUUCGAUAGCUGACACUAUAAAGUCGUUUUUUCCGGUGGUUGGUUCUUCAACGGAGGCUCCUCCGAAUCAUCAUCAUCAUCAGCUUAUGCACAACUACCAUCAUCAUCAGCAUCCACCGGAUUUGCUUUCUCGAACUAAUAGCCAAAACCAAGAUCUCCGUCUCUCGCUGCAUUCGUUUCCGGAUGGUCCACCGUCGCUUCUCCACCACCAUAACCACAACCACAACCACCAUACCUCUGCUUCCGCCUCCGAACCUGUUCUGUUGUACGGACAGAGCAAUCCGUUAGGGUUUGACACAUCGAAUUCGGUGAGUUGGGAGCAGCAGUCAUCAGAAUUCGGAAGGAUUCAGAGACUAGUGGCUUGGAACAGCGGCGGUGGCGGAGCAACCGAUACAGGAAACGGAGGAGGGUUUAUGUUCGCUCCUCCUCCUCCUCCUUCUUCAUCGACGACGUCGUUUCAGCCAGUUCUUGGCCAAAGCCAACAGCUUUAUUCUCAGAGGGGUCCCCUUCAGUCCAGUUACAGUCCUAUGAUCCGUGCUUGGUUUGAUCCUCACCAACAUCAUCAUCAAUCCAUCUCCACCGACGAUCUCAACCACCACCUUCCUCCGCCGGUUCACCAAUCAGCAAUCCCCGGUAUUGGAUUUCCCUCCGGUGAAUUCUCUUCCGGUUUUCGCAUACCAGCACGGUUUCAGGGACAAGAAGAGGAGCAGCACGACGGUCUCACUCACAAGCCGUCCUCUGCUUCCUCUAUUUCUCGCCAUUGAACAAGUGAAAACUAAUCCUCUCUCUCAUUCCAGGGCUUGUCAAGCUUUCAUGCACAUUGAAGCUUGACUUAGAUUGUUCGGAACAGGGAAGGCGUUCUCGGUUAGUGUGAUUCAAUGGCCUGAAAAGCAAGGAAAGGAUAAUAGAGAAGAAGAAGAAGAAGAUGGACAACAAGUGUGUAACCCACAAUUUUAGGUUCUUCGACUUCUUCUUCCGAUAUCCUGACCUUGCCAUUUGUAAUUUUUCAUCUUUUGUAGCUCAGUUAUGGUUAGAUUCCAAGGUUUGCUUCUUGUUGUGUUAUGUUUUUGUAUCAUCAUCAUCCUCUUGUUACUGCAGUAACCUAGAUACUUGAGAAAUUGCAGUUCCCCUGUUCUUGUUGUGUAACUCCCAUGGAUGUUCUUCUAAUAAAGUCUUAAACUUUCACUUUUUA